AUGGAGAGAAAUCAGGUGAAAGAGAUGCAAGAGAAGCUCGAAGAAGCAAAACGAUUAGUUGCUGAAAAGGAGAUGCUGAUCAAGUCUAUGCAGUUAGACUUAUCUGAGACAAAGACUCAAUGGGAAGCAAAGACAACAGGAAAAAGAGCAACUGAGCUUCAAGAACAGCUAGAUUCUCUUCAAGGAGAAAUCUCUUCCUUCACACAGGUAUUUGAAACUCUGGCAGAAACAGAAUCAAAGAAACUCGACAGGGAUGGUUAUGAUGCAACAACCCCAUAUGAGUUUGACCAUAUUCCAUAUCUAGAUGAUGUAGAUGAAACCGAACUGAGGAGAAUGGAAAACGCAAGUCUAGCUUAUGUUGCAGCUGUGAGUAACGCAAAGGAAAGACAAGAUGUGGAGUCUCUAGCCAUGGCUGCUAAAGCUCGAGGCUACUUACAUUCACUAGCUUUUAAAUACUAA